GAGAAGUGAGUCUAUAAUAGUCGGCUUGCGUGGAUUUGACCAAAACACAAUUUUCAUACAAAGAACUUAGCUUUAUUCCGUGCGUGAUUUCUCCGUGCGUGAGAAUUGUACACUCUCCACCUGAAACUAACUUUGGAGAACCGAGUUUAUUAGGUAAGAGUGUACGUUUGGAGGUAGAUCUAUGAUCAGAUAUGGAUUCUUAUCUGCCAAGUUUCAACAUCAUAAAUGAAGAGCCUUAAUGAUAAUAUUUCUGGGGAGCUGCAAAAAUUUAUGAAGGAGACGAAUCUGACGAAAUUCCCCCUCAAGCUUUUCAAAAAAUUUAUUAUUAAGUUUGUUUACAAAUAAUCGGAAGUUGAACAUUUGCUCAUAAAUACAAAUUUAGUUAAAUAAUAUUUUGAAAAAUGUACCAAUUCAGUAAUUGGUGUUUCUUAUGCGCUGAUGAAGACGGUGGUGAAGUGAAAAUUCAGACAUUGGAUGUUUGUUUCAAAGAAAUCAUUGGAGAAUUUUCAAUUAUCAAUUUCACACUUAAAGGGAUUCCUUCUGCGAUAUGCAAAAGUUGUUAUCUGUUUUUAAAGCAAUAUAAAGAGCAUAAAGAAACUUAUGCAAGAGCAGAACAAAUGUUCUUAGAACUUUUAAGAACGAAAGGCAAAGCUAUCGACAUUUCUGCUAUAAAAGCCAAACAUAACUUAAAUAAAUUUGAUUUUCAAUACAAUGAAAACAAUGAAGAUGCUUUGUCGAUAAGAGAACCAGAACCAGAAGAGGACAGCAUCUCUUUUCAGUUAGAAAAUACUACGAUAGAACCAACAACUCCAGCUCCCACAGAACUUGUUUCAACCAUUCUAAACAAGAUAACCAGUAAAACUUACAGAAAUCUUUUCAAAUGCGAUAUGUGUUCACAUGCAAGUUCAACUAGAACAUCAAUUGAACGACACAUGAAGCAAAUUCAUCUGAAAAAGAAAUCAAAAGUUUUAACAUGUAAAGUUUGUAACAAAGCAUUUGCAAAGAAAAAUAUUUUGGAUAAUCAUAAGAAAAUCCAUUUAAUUGAACGUCCAACUUUUCCCUGUCCUGAAUGUGGCAAAGAGUUGUCAAGUCUUUCAGCAGUCUCAAGUCACAUCAAUUGGAUACAUAAAAUUAAACGUGAAUUCAAAUGUGAAACAUGUUUGAAGAUGUUUGCUACGAAAGGAUCUCUUAAAGAACAUGUAAAAAUUCAUUCAAACAUCAAAGAACAUGUUUGUGUAAUUUGUAAGAAAAGUUUUAAAACUGUCAGCGUGUUAACAAAUCAUUUGGACACUCACAACGAAACAGGAUAUGGUUGCAGUGAUUGUGGAUUGAGAUUAAACUCUAAAAGAACUUUAAGACAACAUAUGUUGAAGCAUAGUGACAUCAAUAAGUUUUCUUGUGAGAUUUGCAAUGCAAAAUUUAAACGUGUGAAAGGCUACAAAGAUCAUUUAAUUUCAAUGCAUACCGAUAUCAAAGCUUACAAAUGUCCUUGGUGUCCUAAGACAUUUUCAAACGGUGCCAAUUGUAGGAAGCACAAGAAAUGUUGUCAUACUAAAGAGUUUCUUCAAGCUGAGAAAAAUGAAGGGUUAAAAGAAGCAGUGAAGUUGCCAAGUAUUGACGAGAUAUUGUCAAAGCAGUCAUGAAUUUUAUGUUUUCUUAAAUAAUAUUUUAAAUUUGUGUUUUUCAGAUAUAGAAUUUUUUUUAAAAACUGUAAUAAAUCCAAAAAUUUCCUUCAAUUCAUUUAAAA